CCUGCUGGGUCUAGGAGUAAAAAGUCCAUUCAUGAAAUAAUCAAUGUCAGUGGUUGCUAGAAAACCUCAAGGGAGAAACUGGGGGACACAUAGAAUCCAGCACGAGGGCCAAUGGAAGGCGGGAGCUCCCCUCUAUAUUAGGCUCAUUUUUUUUUUUUUUUUUUUUGCCUUGAGGUCCUUGGCCCCCUUCCCACAGUUGUCCUGCUGCUUGGGUGGGCAGGCCCUGAGGGUCAAGCAAGAGCGUGCACUCGCGAACCCUGUAGACUCCCCUGCUCGGACCCCACCCUGCCUAUCCUCAGCUUCGCUGGGAGGGAGCUUGAGCACUCAUCACUGCCCUCGAAGGAAGACCUGGUCCCCUGCUCCCGGGAGAGGCUGAACCCUUGCAGACCUCCCCACUCCCGGGGGCCUGCGUGGUCUCGGGCCUCGGGGCCUCGGGUCCAACAAGCCACAGACCUGGCUGGUCCCAACCGCCCUCCCGGGAUGCAGAGGAUGCUGGAAGGCAGGGGUCCUGCGGACUUGGGUGUUAGGUGAACGUCCAAUUUUCAACCCAUCCUCGGGGCUAAAACUCCCCAAAAGAAGGAGCCGUCUUCCCGCGCUGACAUCGGAGCGCCUCUUAACUCCUGGGACUGCCGCGGAGAACCUGGAGACCGAGAGUGGCCUUCCCUUCCCCCGGCGCACACGUCAACGCCGGCUUGGCGGAAGCGUCGUAAUGCCCCGAAGAAGCGCGCCACAAAAAAAACCCCUGAACACCGCCGCCGCAGCUGCCAACGGAGAAAUCCCUGCCCGGAGUCCAUGCUAACCUUUCCCGCAAGUUCAUGGCGAAGCAAAAAAAAGUUUCUCCAUGGAUGUGCUCCAGGGGCGCGGGCAGCUGUGCCUAAAGGACCACUGAAGCCAGAAAUAACCGUCUCCUACAUUGCUGUUGCAACAAUAUUCUUUAACAGUGGACUGUCAUUAAAAACGGAGGAGCUGACCAGUGCUUUGGUGCAUAUAAAACUGCACCUUUUCAUUCAGAUCUUUACACUUGCAUUCUUCCCAGCAACAAUAUGGCUUUUUCUUCAGCUUUUAUCAAUCACACCCAUCAAUGAAUGGCUUUUAAAAGGUUUGCAGACAGUAGGUUGCAUGCCUCCCCCUGUGUCUUCUGCAGUGAUUUUAACCAAGGCAGUUGGUGGAAAUGAGGCAGCUGCAAUAUUUAAUUCAGCCUUUGGAAGUUUUUUGGGCAUCGUUAUAACACCCCUGCUACUGCUGCUUUUUCUUGGCUCGUCCUCUUCUGUGCCUUUUACAUCUAUUUUUUCUCAGCUUUUUAUGACUGUUGUGGUUCCUCUCAUUAUUGGACAGAUUGUCCGAAGAUACAUCAAGGAUUGGCUUGAAAGAAAGAAACCGCCUUUUGGUGCUGUCAGCAGCAGUGUGCUCCUCAUGAUCAUCUACACCACCUUCUGCGACACGUUCUCUAACCCAAACAUUGACCUGGAUACGUUCAGCCUUAUUCUCAUCCUGUUCAUGAUAUUCUCUAUUCAGCUGAGUUUUAUGCUCUUAACCUUCCUCUUUUCAACAAGGAAUAAUUCGGGUUUCACACCAGCGGACACUGUGGCUAUCAUUUUCUGUUCUACACACAAAUCCCUCACACUGGAUUUUCUGUCUUCUUUGUUCAUCAGGAAUUCCAAUGCUGAAGAUCGUGUUUGCAGGCCACGAGCACCUCUCCCUAAUAUCUGUGCCCUUGCUCAUAUACCACCCAGUUCAGAUCCUUCUGGGAAGUGUGUUGGUGCCAACAAUAAAGUCUUGGAUGGUGUCAAGGCAGAAGGGAGUGAAGUUGACGAGGCCAACAGUAUAAGAAGGGAGGCACUCAUUAUGCAGCGAUGUAUAUAUGUACAGGAUUGUACAUACAAACAGUUCUGAAGACUUGUACUUGUGAAUGUUGUUUCGAUGCAUAUUUUAUUUUUUUACACAAAAAUAUGAUAUAACAGUUUAAGUGCCUUAAAAUGUAUUUGACAGGAGUGUUAUUUCCAAAACCUACUUUGUAGGUUACUGCCAGGGGUGGUACCAUAUUUUGGAGUGGUUUAAUUUUUUUUUUCCAAACACAGGAAACCAUGAUCGUGACAAAAAGCAAACAUGCUUUCCUCUUACCACCUUUGGUGCAAUACAACCCUUCACUAGUUACUGUGCUAUUUGAAAUGAGGUCACACCAUCAGGAAAAUCCCUUCUGAUGACAGUGAAAAUUUCCAAAGUUUUAUUCAUGAAUACUUUGAUUUACUCUGUGAUUCUUUGUUUCUACAACUGUGACAUGUCUCUUCCUUAUCAACUCAGCAGGGGUCAUGGAUUGCAUAGAUGCAGAAAGGCAUAAGUUAUCUGCAUUUCUUGACAUCAUUUUUUAGACAUUCCUUCAGAUAGUUUCCACACAGAAAUUCCUCAGUCCCAUUAUAAGAGAUUGUGGUGUUAUAUGUCUUAAAUUUAUUAUAAGCUGCUUCAAAGAAAGAGCCUGAUGUUUGAGUUAUAAGUAAGUGAAGUUUUGAGGUAAACUACAGGACAUGUAUUCAGGAUUUUUAAAAUUAUGUUUCAUUUAUUUUCCCUUUUUCUGCCAUAAUUUCCUUCUUAACUGUUUUCCAGCACACUUGCAAACUCCUAACAGCCAAAUGUGAGAUGUAAAAAUGUUACAGUCAGUUUGAGAACAGCAACAGUUAAUGAUGGAUUAUAUUCACAUUCCACAACUGAGACCAAAAUUUUUUCUUGUUACACAGAUGUCUGAGCACAAAUUGCCCCUUUUAGCCAGAAGCAGCCUGUUCCAUCCUUGAAUUAAGCACACUUAAAGGCAUUUGAGACGAGUUAUUAAUGAAAAUUUCCUUGGCAGAUUUGACAAAUGUUUGCAACAAUUUCUUAAAAUUAAAUCAUAUUUGUUCUUAUGAAUAAAUAAAAAUAUAAAGGUCAUGGACACAAACAAAUGUUACAUAUACACAUUCUGUCUAGCCAGAUGGAAAGAAAAAUGGGCACAGAAAAUGCAAAAACAUUCAUUAACCAAAAGAUCAAAUAAAACAAGUCCCCAGUUGGGCAUCAGCUUUCAAAGGAGAAUUCAAUCUUGGCUUCCACUGUGGCUGGACGAACUUUCACUGGACCCAAAUAGAGAAGAAAGCGAUACAGAGAAUUAAAGGACACUGUUCCUCUGUUUCCUGCCCAGCAUUCUGUCACGUCCUCUCUGCAUGUCCUCUCUUGAUUUGACAGACAGUAUUGGCAUCCUGGGUCACACUGAUGCUGACUCUGUGGUCAGCAACAGAAAAGAUCCUUCCUUAGAAACUUACCAGGUUUAUCAGUAGCGUAAAUUCACAUUAUCAUCACAACCCGGUCUCAUCUCGUGUUCCUUCUGACCAUUUCAAUAUUACUGAACCUCAUAAAUUUUACAAGAGUUAUCCUCAGUGUAAAUUUUAAGGCUAGUACAAGACUCUGCAAAAAUCUGUGGUGAACAGGCUGUUUGUCAAGAAUUUCACUUAUAUCUAAAACUCCAGUAAUUUCGGUGCUCACAAAUGGAGCACAGAAAGGUUUUCAUGUUUUGUUCCUACAAGUUUCUUGGAAUUUCAGAGGCAGUGGGGUUUGUCUGUCUGAGCUAUAAAAAUCUUUCUCCCUAGCAUUAGAAUACUGAUUUUUUCUCCCCAACUUAUCUACCUCUAUUGUCUAACACCUACAGUAGGUGUGAUUAUGGGAUAAGGUUCAACUGAAAAUGCUGUAACGUGCUUUAAAAAAUAUGUUUUGUUUUCAAAUAAUCUCUACAUAGUGCAUUUUGGUGGCUUUAGUGAUACGUUUAUGCCUAUUUCUUUUUUUACACAGACACUGUGGCGUAUUUUUCCAUAAAGAAUUAAAAAAUAAAAUCAAAAUUUAUUUGUAAGUCAUGCUUAUUGGGAUUUAAUUAUUCACCUCAAAAUAUUUUAUUAUUGUGUUAUGCACUGUCAGGCUAUCCAUUUAUGCAUUUUUUCUGUCUAAAUGUAUUUAUGAAGGAAAUACAUUAGAUCAUAUUUAUGUUUACUCAUUUUUCCACUUGUUUUUUUUUAAGUGGUUCUUACGAAAUUUGAUUUUUUUAAAUGGGUGAUAAUGUUAAUCUUUUCAUGUGUUCUUUUCAAGUUUUAAAUUCUGUAUUUUUUAAAAAUUCCCUAUUCUGUUUAAAACUAACACACCUCUGGCUAAUGUUCAGUGUUUGUUUAUGCUAAAUACCAAAUUUUUACAAAAGGAUUGGUGAAAUAAUAAAGUGGAUUAUUUAUGAUGAAUGGAAGAUGGAAAUAAUUCUAUGAUUAAACAAAGAGAUGUUUCAG